AUAACUCGUCAUCAGCUUCCAAUCCAACCAGUGUUUGCAGUCACAGGACAUUCUGCUCAAGGGAAGACACUUCCGAAGGUAUUGAUUAAUCUACAUGAAGGUGGAUUUGUUGCUUAUGUUGCUGCAUCUCGUGCGCAGACUUGUGAUGGUUUGUGUAUAUCUCAUCUUGUAACACUUGAUCAGUUAAACAAGCCUCUUCCUUCAGAUCUAUUGCAAGAAGCAUGA